AUGGCUCCUCGCUGCGGCGCCGGCCACUGCGGCUGCGACGGGAGGGCGCCGCCCCCCGGGCCACCUGGGCCGCCGCUGUCGCCCUCCGCCGCGGGCACCUGCGCCGCCUCGGCGCCCCCGGGCCGUCACACGCCGCGCAUCGCGUCCCUCGGGCGGGCUUUUGUCUCCCGCGGAGCCGCCCCCGCCGCCGCGGCGCAGGGUGCAGGCGCCCGGCGCCCCCCCCCCGGCCCGGGCUCGCCCUGCGGCUGCCGCGGGCCGCGCCCCCGCCGCGCCCCGGCCCCCCGGCUCGGCCUCGGCUCCCGCUCCCGCUCCCGCUCCCGCUCCCGGGCGCGCCUCGGAGGCGCAGGCGGGACGCGGGCUUCCCCGGGAGUCGCUGCCGGCGCGGCCGCCUGGCUGUCCCCGCAGUCCCCGCUCUGUCGCCGCCGCCGCCGCCGCCGCCGCCAGCCUGCAGCGGCGGGAGGGCCCCUGGCCACGCCCCUGGCCACGCCCCCGGCCACGCCCCCUCCCCAGGCCACGCCCCCGGGCCGCCCGGCGCCUCCCCGCCGCGCGCGCCGCUUUCGCGCCUUCCGAGCCCUGGUGGUGGCCACGGUACCCAGGAAGCGGUCCAGCAUUUGCCUCCCAGGCCUCAUGCUUUCCUACCCCGAAUGA